CAGCUUCUGGCUAGGAAGCUGUCUGGCCUCUGUGGGUUCUGAGUUUGGGGAGAGGAUUGAGGUUAGCCACCCAGAAGAGCACAGCCUACAGCUGCUGUAGCCACCAACUUCACAUGGAAAAAUCUGGGCCCCACGGUUCUUGGCUAGAGGCCUCUGAUUCGGGCCUUACAAGCGGCUUAGGGUUGGACUCUGGCUGGAGGUCUAAAUGAACAGGAGAACUUGAAGUUGACUUCAAACUAUGGACUAGAGGUGCUGGGGUCUGGGAGGGGAGGGGAAAUCAGAGGGAAGAAAGAGCUUCUGUGCCUCCUGUGCCGAGGGCAGACCAGGCUCUGGUAUCUCUUCUCCCAGUAUAUGGGGCACUGUCGCCCUAACAUAAGGGGACUCCCAAACUGGUUUCCUCGCUCUACCUAGACCCCACCAAAGACCAUGUGGCCUAGACUGCCAUGUCACCAACACUCUGUUCGCUGAGAUGUGAGGGCCCUAAAGCAACUGACACUUCUUUCCCAUACCCCCUGUGUUUAUUUUGCCACCAAACUGGAAGUUCUUCCUUUACAGGCAACUUGUCAUCUUACCUCUCCAUUCACAUCCAGCAGAUUAGUUCAGACGUAAGUCCCCACUUAACCAACUGCCACAGCAUCCAGCUUCCCCCCUCCUAUAUGUGACACCAGCUUGGAGGAAGAGGAGCCUCCCAGACCAGACUUUCCUGUCCUUUCACUCUUAUAAGCCUUCCCUGGCUCACCUAUGUGAUCAAGCCUAGAUGCCUGGAUCCUCGAGGAUCUUCUUGCUGUCUCACUUGACAAACUUCAGUGUUGCUUUUGAGCCUUUCUGCCUCCUUGGACCUUCGUUCUCUUCAGUCUUGCCCAUCAUCCUCCCGAGAAGCCAAGAGUCCAAACAGGAAUCUGCAUUAGCAGGGAAGAAAGCAGGUACUGGGUGCACAGGUACGCAAGGCCUAUUGUGCCCUUGAUUUUCUAAGAUUCCUCCUGGCCUUUCUUCUUUGCACUUGCUGUCUCCUUGACUUCCAUUUUAUUUCUUUUCUUUAUAAUUUUAAUUCCAGUCUAGUUAACAUACAGUGUUAAAUUAGUUUCAGGGGUACAAUGUAGUGAUUCAACAGUGCUAUACAUUGCUCAGUGCUCAUUGUGAUAAGUGUACUUUUUUUUUUAAAUUUUUUAUUUGAUGUUUAUUUUUGAAGGAGAGAGGCAGAGCAUGAGUGGGGGAAGUGCAGAGAGAGAGGGAGACACAGAAUCCAAAGCAGACUGCAGGCUCUGAGCUGUCAACACAGAGCCCGACCUGGGGCUCGAACCCACAAACUGUGAGAUCAUGACCUGAGCCGAAGUCGGAUGCUUAACCGACUGAGCCACCCAGGCACCCACCCUGUGAUAAGUGUACUCUUAAUCUCCACCUAGUUCACCCAUCCCCCCACCCACCUCCCCUCUGGGAACCAUCUGUUCUCUAUAGUUAAGAGUCUGUUUUUUGGUUUGUCUUUUUUUCCCCCUUUGUUCAUUUGUUUCUCAAAAUUGCACAUAUGAGUGAAAUCAAAUGAUAUUUGUCUUUCUCUGACUCACUUAUUUCAUUUAGCAUAUAUUCUAGAUCCAUGUGUGUUGUUGGAAAUGGCAAGAUUUCAUUGUUUUUUCUGGAUGAAUAAUAUACCAAUGUAUAGGUAUACCACUUCUUUAUCCAUUCAUCUAUCGAUGGACACCUAGUCUGCUCCGUAUCUUGGCUAUUGUAAAUAAUGCUACAAUAAACAUAGGGGUGCACACAUCCUUUUGAAUUAGUACUUUCGUAUUCUUUGUAGUAGUGGAAUUACUGGAUUAUAUAGUAGUUCUAUUUUUAAUUUUUUAAGGAACUUCCAUACUGCUUUCCACAGUGGCUGCAUGAGUUUGCAUUCUCACCAACAGGGACGGUGGGUUCCUUUUCCUCUACGUCCUUUCCUUGUUUCUUGUGUUUUUGACUUUAGCAAUACUGACAGGUGUGAGGUGAGAUCUCAUUGUGGUUUUGAUAUGCAUUUUCCUGAUGAUGAGUGAUGCUGAGCAUCUUUUUAUGUAUUUGUUGACCAUCUGGAUGUCUUUGGAGAAAUGUCUGCUCAUGUCUUCUAUUUUUUUAACUAGAUUAUUUUUUUGGUGUUGUAUCAGUUCUUUAUAUUUCAUUUUCAUUGUCUCCAUGUAUUUUUUUAAUUUCCUCUUUGAUUUCUUGGUUGACCCAUUCAUUGUUUAAUAGCAUGUUAUUUAACCUCCAUGUAUUUGUGGUCUUUCCAGAUUUUUUCUUGUGGUUGGUUUCUAGUUUCAUAGUGUUAUUGUUAGAAAAGAUACUAAAAAGACUUUGAUGUUUUCGAAUUUGUUGAGACUUGUUUUGUGGCCUAAUAUGUGAUCUGUUCUGGAGAAUGUUCCAUGUGCACUUGAAAAGAAUGUAUUCUGCUGUUUUAGGACGGAAUGUCCUGACUAUACCUGUUAAAUCCAUCUGGCCCAAUGUGUCAUUCAAAGCCACUGUUUUCGUAUUGAUUUUUUGUUUAGAUGAUCUGUCCAUUGGUGUGAGGGUUAAAGUCCCCUACUAUUAUUGUAUUACUAUUGAUCACUUCAUUUAUGUUUGUUAUUAACUGCUUUAUGUACUUGGGUCCUCGCAUGCCAGGUGCAUCAAUAUUUAUAAUUGUUACAUUUUCUGGUUGGAUUAUCCCAUUUAUGAUUAUAUCAUGUCCUCUUACAUUUUCUGUCAUAACCCACAUCCAGGCCAUCAGCAAAUCCUGUCAUUUUUCCUUUAGAAUCUAUCCAGAAUCUGACCACUUUUCUCUGUUUCUACCACUAACACUUUUUUUUUUUUAAUGUUUUCUUAUUUAUUUUUGAGAUAGUGAGAGUGCAGAGGAGGGACAGAGAGGGAGAGAGAAUCCCAAGUAGGCUCUGUGCUAUCAGCACAGAGCCCAAAUUAGGGCUUGAACUCACAAACUGUGAGAUCAUGACCUGAGCCGAAAUCAAGAGUCAGACGAUGGGGUGCUAGAGUGGCUCAGUUGGUUAAACAUCUGACUUCGGCUCAGGUCAUGAUUUCACAGUUCAUGAGUUUGAGCCCCACAUCGGGUUCUGUGCUGACAGCUCAGAGCCUGGAGCCUGCUUCGGGUUCUGUAUCUCCCUUUCUGCCCCUCCCCUACCCAUGCUCUGUCUCUCUCAAAAAUAAACAUGUAAAAAAAUUUUUUUAAAGAGUCAGAUGCUUAACCUACUGAGCCACCCAGAUGCCCCUACCACUAACACUUUGGAACAAGCUACUAUCAUCUCUCACACCUCUUUCUGCUUCCUUCCACAUCUUCUUUUCUUCCUCCACUCUUGUCCACCUUCAGCCUAUUUCCAACACAAUAGAGAUCCCCUUAACACAUAAAUCUCAUCAUGUCAGUCAAAACCCUCCAUUGGCUCUUAACUCAUUCAGAGUUAAAGCCCAGAUCCUUAAAGUGGCCUCCAAGGUCCUUGUGCUGUGGCCCCUAUCCUCCUCUCUAACCUCACCGCUUGCCAUUCUUGUUCCAGGCUUCUUGAACCCACCACAUUUCUGCCUCAGGACCUUUGCACUUGCUGGUUCUUUUGUCUAAAAUAUUCUUCCUUUAGGUAGGUGCAUGUUGUCUCCUCUCUUCAGAGGUGGCUUCCCUAAGCACUCUACCUAAAUAGCAGCCCUCACUACUCUCUAUUCUCCUAUGCGGCCUCAUUCUCAUAGCACUGAUCACCAUUUCACAUAUUUCUGUUUGUCUCCUUGCUUAUCAUCUCUCUUUCCCUAAUGCGAUAGAACAGGGACUUGUUUUGUUCACUGCUCUAUCUCCAGUGCCUCUAUAGAGGAGUGUGUGGCAUGUAGUAGGCAUCUCAUAAAUGCUUGUUGAAUGGAGGGAUGGAUGAACAAAUUACUCAGUCUAUUGCUUAUUUCCUAAACUAGGUUCUAAGUACCUUAAGGGUAGAUGCCCCCACCUUAUCAUCUCUGCGCUUUAAUGUGAACUUAUAAACACUGACAACAUAUGUACAGUGACUGAAACAAUUUGUAUUAGGCAGAAACCAUCUGAAACAAGCACAAGUUGACUAGGUACUGGAAAUGCUGGAAUUCGAGAGAGCAGAGUUCCCAGCCAGGCUGUCAUUAAAGAGCUGUGUGGUCUGGGAAAACCUGUCUUAUAUGGGCCUCUGUUUCUCAUCUGAAAGGCAAGUCUUAGACUAGAUUUUGAAAUUCCAGUCAGCCUUGAAUUUUUGUGGUUGUAAAUUUAGGGUAAUUGCAUAUUCACUUGACAAAUGUUUUUGGUUUUUUUAAAUAUUUAUUUUUGAGAGAGAGACAGAAUGCAGGCAGGGAAGGGGCAGAGAGAGAGGGAGACACAGAAUGCAAAGCAGGCUCAAGGCUCUGAACAGUCAGCACAGAGCCUGACUCAGGGCUCGAACUCAUGAACCACAAGAUCAGGACCUGAGCUGAAGUCAAAUGUUUAACCAACUGCGUCACCCAGGCGCCCCAACCACUUGACAAAUGUUUACUGAGCUGGGUUCCAGGAACUAGUUGGGGGUAAAAAAAAAAAAAAAAGUCUCAAUCUCAAGAGCUCCCAGACUGAAGGAACAAAGCAAAAUAGGGUCAGCUCAGCUACAAUAAUUGAGUGUUAAAGAGGCAGAGAAGCAUGCCCUGGGGAAGGGCAUUCUAAACCAAAGAAAUGGCUGUACAAAGGCAGGAGGCAUGGAGACAAAGAAUUGUUGGAGCCAAAUGGCUUUUGUAUGCAGAGAGGUAUGCCCUGCAUCCCACAAAGCUGAAAUCUAUUCCAGCCAGGGGAACAUUCACAACUGGAAAAUAGCCAGAUGGGGCAGGCCCAGAGUCUAAACUGUUCAAAUUUAGGAAAGGACCUAGCAAGUUCUCUCAGGGCUUCCUGUGAGAUCUGACUUUUUCCUCACCGGUCUGUGGCGCCUCCAAGGCCACCCACACCGUUUUCACCUCCCCAGCUCACGACAGGCCCAAGUCUGGGCACAAAAGGCAGACCAAUUUUUGGUAUUUUGUUGGUACCUGGUUGGAUUUGGGGGAAAGGGCAAGUUCUAACUGAUCGGGCGCCCAGAGUGGGGUAGGGCAGUUGCCCCCGGCAUGACCCGACCUAGUCUAGUAGUUGAAGUGCCCUUGUUACCAAGCUUGCUGAGGGGGAGCGAGACUGGGACUUGCUCCACUCUCAUUGGUCAGCAGAGAAGUGCCACCGAGGAACCCUUGUUGCCAGAGGCAAGAACGAGAGCCCAUUGGUCAGGACACCUCACAAUGGCCCCAGCAGCGCACAGGAUUCUUCCGAUUGGUUCGCUGUCUGCCUCGGUAGACCCCUGUUGCCUGGACGCCCAGCCGGUUCCUUGGCGCCCUGGAAAGAGCGCUUCCCAAGCCCACCCCCGUUCCCCAUUGGCUGUCGUGGGGGCCGCCGCCAUCUAAUGACGGAGGCGCAAAGCACCCGUGGGCGCGCUCCCUGCGGCAGGAUCUAGUCCCGCGGGAGGGCGACCCUGCCGGGACUACAGGUGCCGAAGCUGAGUGCAAGACUCAGGCGCCCGGCACUCUGCGGAGGACCCCCGUUCUCCCUCGGGACCUGAUCUGGAGCCCAGCCCGGACCUGCCCUCGGGGAGCUCUGCACCUCCAACCUGGAACCCAACCCGAAAGGCCCCAGUAAGUUCGAAGCACCCACGCGGCGUGUGAACCCGCUCAGGGCAGACGGAGAGGGGAAUCCCAACUGUUGUGUGUGCGGUCCGUGCCUCCAUUUGCUUCUCGCCUUAAUCCUUUAUCCACCGAUUACUGGCUCCUUUUAUUUGGCAUUCGGGGUCCACCUCGGUGCCACCUCUCCAAACCCUUCGUUCCAACGGUGUUGGGAAGUCCCUCGCCGCAAAGAAUUCCGAUUGAGAUCCGAACGGAGGAGUGGCGGAGACGGGGGUGAAACCCCUGUGGGACAAUGUUCUACUACCCCAACGUGCUUCAGCGCCACACCGGCUGCUUCGCCACCAUCUGGCUGGCAGCGACGCGUGGCAGCCGGCUGGUGAAGCGUGAGUACUUGAAGGUGAACGUGGUGAAGACCUGGUAAGGCCCAGGAAGGGGAGGAGCGGCCGGGCCUGUGCGGGCAGGGUGGCAGGGCAACUGGAUGGAUCCGGUUGGCCAGGCUAUGGGGUUGGUCCUUGGCACAGGGGUGAGUAGGGCGUUUUUACCCCCAGCGAGGAAAUCCUCGAUUACGUGCUGGUACGAGUGCAGCCCCCGCUGCCCGGUCUACCGCGGCCCCGCUUCUCCUUGUAUCUCUCAGCCCAGCUGCAGAUUGGCGUGAUCCGGGUCUACUCCCAGCAAUGCCAGUACCUCGUAGACCCAGCCUGCUGCUUCCUAACCGCCUGGCCAUGAUGGAGACCCUGGAAGAUGCUCCAGACCCCUUUUUUGGAAUGAUGUCUGUGGAUCCCACACUUCCCAGCCCCUUCAGUAUCCCUCAGAUUCGACACCUUCUUGAGGCUGCAACCCCAGAGAGACUUCUUGAGGAGAUCCCUCCUGAAGUCCCUAUGGAGCCAACGAAGCCAGACAGGAUCCCGGUGACUGUGCUGUCCCCAGAGGCCAUCACCCUCCAAGAGGCAGAGCCCAUACGCAUGCUGCAGAUUGAGGGUGAACGGGACCUUCCGGAGGUCAGCCGGCGAGACUUGGAGCUGCUGAUUGCCGAGGAAGAAGAAGCUAUCUUAUUAGAGGAACGUGAAGAGUACAAGGAGGAGCCCCGGGCCCUGGAGGGAGACACCAUAUUACCCUCGCUUUCACCUCCAGCUCUUGCACAGGUGGAAGGGGCAGCAGAGCCACUUCCGGUCCCAGUCCCCGAGGAACCGAAGCCAGCAGGCUGGGAGCCUGAGGCCCUACUUACUGAGGUGACCCCUCCACCAGAGCUGCGUCUGCCAGCCCCUCCCAGCCCAGAGAGGAGGCCCCCAGUUGCCCCAUAUCCUGUGAGCCCACCUGCUCGUCGCCGUCGCCGCCGCCAGUUACUGUUCUGGGACAAGGAGACUCAGAUUUCCCGGGAGAAAUUCCGGGAACAACUGCAAACCAGAGCCCACUGCUGGGAGUGUCCAAAGGUGCAGCCUCCUGAGAGGACCAUCAGAAGCCCCACGGAGCUAUUCCAAACCCCAACUCACUCUGGCUGGUUACCCCCAGAACUGCUGUCUUUCUGGACCCGCUGUGCCCAGCCACCCCCAGAAGCACUCAGGCGAAGGCCACCCCUGGAGCCUGAAGAGGAGGCUGAGGAGGAAAGGAGGAGGACUGAAGCUCUGAGCGAUAUUGAGGUCCUGAGAGAGGCCCAGGAGCCCAGCGGGCCCCUCAUGCUGUCUUCAGAACUCUCUCUAGAAGCGGCCGAGGAGGAGAAGACCCGCAUCAGCCUCAUCCCUUCAGAAGAACGGUGGGCCUGGGCCGAGGCAGAGCAGCCAGAGGCCCCUGCACUGCCUGUGGUACCCGAACUCCCUGAAGUGCCUAUGGAGUUGCCUUUGGAGCUGCCCCUGGAGCCUGAGCUGCUGUCGCUGGAGGCUGUGUAUAGGGCAGUGGCACAGGAGCUGCAGGCCAACAGGGAGCCCGAUUUCAGCAGCCUGGUGUCCCCUCUCAGCCCUCGCAGGGUGGCUGCCCGGGCCUUCUAUCUGCUGCUAGUGCUUGCAGCACAACAGAUCCUUCGCGUGGAACAAGAGAAGCCGUACGGGCGCCUCCUGAUGCAGCCGGGGCCCCGAUUCCACUGCGGUUAGAACUAAUUCACAAGCUGCCAGGAUACUGGUUACAUUAAAUAUGUCUUGCCUGCCUCA